AUGGCAAAUCGUGUUAACAAGACCCCAACCCUUCGACCAGGGCAUUAUGUUGCCAAGCUAGCCAAAGCGCUGGAAGAUGAAGCCAAAGCAAGAAACUGCACUGGUCAUAAGGAUGCGGCUAGAGCGAAGCGGAUGGAAGGAGGCAGACAGUGGGAAAGGAAGCCUGCUAAGCGACUGCUCAAGCGACUGCUCAAGCGACUGCUCAAGCGAGAGCUCGCCGGCGAAAUCGAGACCCUGAAGAGCGAGAUGGAGGAUCUUAAACAAAGGGUCAUCGCAUUGCAGCCGCUUCUGUAUGAGCGAAGCAGGGGAAAACGAGUGGCUUUCCAAGACGAACUCAGCUAG